AUGACGCUGGAGUCUUGUGGCUUGCUAUUCUGGAACCUCUUUAUGACCCAUCAAAGCAGAGUGGUAUUCAUCGGCGUGAGCGUGAUUCAGGGGUACGUAGCCCACAGUGCAGAGAUCAGCUUUCGACAAAGAUUCAAGGCACAAAAUGACGUGGCAUUCACGCGAGAGCGUACGGAGUCGAUCUUGAACACUCUGAUGCCAGUGAUGGUAGUCGAGGAAUUGAGAGACUUCAGCAUUAGCCAGGAGUUUCCUUCUCACCACUACCGAAAUGCCACUAUUGCACAGUCUGACCUUUGUGGUUUCACCAGAUUGGCCAGCACACGGCGCCCUGAAGAAGUGGUCGAAUUCAUUGGUGAGCUCUUUGGGCUAUUUGACGAGCUCACAGACAAGCACGAAGUCUACAAGGUGGAGACCGUUGGCGAUGCUUACAUUGCCGGUCAGGCCGAAGCACCUUUGACCUUCAAAAACUCUCCACUGUGUGUGGUGCGUUUUGGUUUGGAAAUGGUGCAAAAGACAAACAAAUGGUCUCGGGACCGGAAGGAGCAAGUGAGUUGUCGCGUGGGCGUGCACAGUGGCGAAUGCAUUGGUGGGAUUGUCGGGACAGAGAUGCAAAGAUAUCAUUUGUUCGGCAAGCUCAUGACAGAAGUGGAGGUCCUAGAGUCGACAGCACCAGAAGGCCGAGUCCAAGUUAGCCGAGCUUGUAAGGAUGCCGUGGACAAGCAGCUGCGACUGGAGGGUAUGUCUGAAAGUCUGAUGUUCGAGGAGCGGUUGGAAGAGACUCUACGCACGUCGAAGGGUGAAGAGCAUUCCUACGACGAGGACAGCGAUUCUUUCAAAUUCAUUUCAAAUCUUGUAGGGCCUCAGAACAUUUUUCCAGUAUGA